AGUUAUCUGAUUGAAAAUCAGGGAGGGGAGAAAAAGACCGAGCUGCGAGCGCUGAUGAUGCUUCUUUCUGCUUUAAGGCUCCUGCAACUUUUAGGAAACGGAUUUCUUUCUCUGCGUUUUUUUUUUUCUCUCUGCGACGCAUUUUGGAUCUGUAAAGUUUAUUAUUGUUGUUUUAAUUCGGGCUCAAUUAACGAAACAACAUGCCGCGGUCAUUUCUGGUGAAAAACAAACGGUGCGCCUCCUAUAACAUCCACCGCAGUUAUGAAGAGGAGCAGCCGGCGGAGUUUGAAGACCAGGAAGUCCCGUCGCAGCUGCAGAGCACAGACUCAUCAGAGGAGCCCCUGUCCGAGGGGCCCUCGCUGUCCGCAGACAGGUGCUCCCCUCCGGAGGAUUCAGAGCCGCAGUGUCCGUUACCUGCUCACCCAGAGCCGGCCAGCCCGCCGCUGGCCCCCUCACAGCCCUACUACCUAACAGAGCCCCACAUGGCCGAGUUCCCGCCUUACUACAAGCCUUCGUACGCCUGGGAGUCGAUGUCGUCGUCCUACAAGCUGCGGCAGCUGAGCUUCAGCCCCACGGUGCUGCAGCACGCCAGCAGCCUGUAUGGCGGCCACAUCAGCCGCAGUCCGCCGCCGCAGCAGCCGCUGGACUGCAGCACGCACUACUCCCCCACCUCCAACACUUACCACUGCAUCACCUGUGACAAAGUUUUCUCAACUUCUCAUGGACUGGAGGUUCAUGUCAGGCGGUCACACAGCGGAAUGAGACCAUUUGGUUGCAGCAUCUGCAGGAAAACCUUUGGGCACGCUGUGAGUCUGGAGCAGCACAUGAACGUUCACUCCCAGGAAAAAAGUUUUGAGUGCAAGAUGUGCGGUAAAUCCUUCAAGCGCUCCUCCACGCUGUCUACGCACCUGCUCAUCCACUCCGACACCAGACCUUACCCCUGUCAGUACUGCGGGAAACGGUUCCAUCAGAAGUCGGACAUGAAGAAGCACACGUACAUCCACACGGGCGAAAAGCCGCACAAGUGCCAGGUUUGCGGCAAAGCGUUCAGCCAGAGCUCCAACCUGAUCACCCACAGCAGGAAGCACACGGGAUUCAAACCGUUUGGGUGUGACGUUUGCUCAAAGGGCUUCCAGAGAAAGGUGGAUCUGCGCCGGCAUCACGAGAGUCAGCACGGCAUGAAGUGAAGGCUCCCGAACGUUUGUACAUAUUAGAUUUCUAUUAAAACAAUGAGUGUCAGGUGUGCCUGGGAUGGUAGGACUCCCUCAGGGAAACUGAAAUGUAAUAUAUAGGAAUCCAUUUUUAAAUGUCUGUAUAAAUGUGAAAAAAUUGGUAUAAUUUUGUAUUUAUAUUCUGGUCACUGCAAAAACACAAAAUAUCACCAAGUUUUGUAGUCUAGUUUCAAUUCAAAUAUCUAAUGUUACAAAUCAGCAGGCGCUUCGCCGUUACCUAGCAACCCCAGGGAAGACUGGCCCGUUACCUAGCAACCCCAGGGAAGACUGGCCCAUUACCUAGCAACCCCAACGGAACUCUUUGAAAAUCUUCGUGCACUUGAAAUAAGACAAACUAACUGACAGGAAAUAGGAAAUAAUUCCUUAAUAAGUGAAAUAAAAUAUUUUAGCUUAUAGAAAGAGAUUAUUUAGAUU